AUGGCGAGCGUCCUGUUCAUCGUCCUUAGCUUCCUCCUCGUGCUGCCGUCAGCAACGGCAAUAGGGCAGGUCUGCGGCAACGCCGGCAACUACACGGCCAACGGCACCUACCAGUCCAACCUUGCCUCCCUCGUCGCCGCCGUCUCAACCAGCAUCUCUUCCUCCGCCCAACUAUUCGCCAACGCCACCGCCGGCCAAGCCCCCGACGCGGUCUACGCGCUAGCGCUCUGCCGCGGCGACAUCACCAGCAACCUCACCGGGUGCGCCACCUGCGUCAACAACUCGUUUGCGUACGCGCAGAAGAUGUGCCCCUACGCCAAGGCCGCCAGCGUGUACGACGAUGACUGCCUCGUCGGCUUCUCCAGCAGCAACAUCCUCGUCCCAGCCAACAACAUCACCCGAGACAUGAGCACGCUGUUCCAGUACUGGAACCCGACGAGCAUCACCGGAGACGCCACCGUGGUGGCCGCCGACGUGAACGAUCUGCUCACGCAGACCGCUCGGGUGGCGGCCACCAGUCCGAGCAGGUUCGCCACGGCCUUCAUGGACGCCUCCAGCAGCUCCAUCCCGACGCUCUACUCUUUGGCUCAGUGCACGCCGGACCUGUCCGCCGGCGACUGCCUCGCGUGCCUCCAGCGGAUCGUCGGCGUGGUCAACGCCACAACGUCCGUGCGCCUGGGCGGACGGGUCCUCGUGCUGCGGUGCAACUUCAGGUUCGAGAAUAUGAUGUUCUACGAAGGCGCACCCACGAAGCGUAUCACGCCGUCGUCAUCAGGCCCUCCGGCGUCACCAUUUCCGGCUCCGACAACGAACAAGAGGAUGAAGCCCUGGGUAAUUGCCGUGUCUGUAGCACCUCCUCUAGCGGUAGUAGCACUCUGCUUCAUCUUUUACUGUCGUUGGCGAAGAAGAAGGUACAGAAAAGGUAGGCCUAGAUUACGCCGAAAGCCUACUCAUAACAGAUUGCGAGGAGGAGAAGAACCAGAUUGGGAAAUGGAAGAGAACCUCUCCGAGUUUUCGGUUUUUGACUUUCAUCAGAUAUUAGAGGCCACAAAUAACUUUUCUGAAGAAAAUAAACUUGGGGAGGGUGGGUUUGGCCCCGUCUAUAAGGGUCAGUUUCCUGAGGGAGUUGAGAUAGCAGUUAAAAGACUUGCUUCACAUUCAGGACAAGGUUUUAUAGAGUUCAAAAAUGAAGUACAACUCAUAGCAAAACUCCAACACACAAAUUUGGUUAGGCUCUUGGGAUGUUGCUCACAGGAAGAGGAGAAAAUUUUGGUCUAUGAAUACUUACCAAACAAAAGCUUGGACUUCUUUAUCUUUGAUGAAGAUAGAAAAUCAUUACUGGAUUGGAACAAACGUCUAGCAAUAAUUGAAGGAACAGCAGAGGGACUUCUCUACCUACAUAAGCACUCCCGGUUGCGUGUCAUACAUCGAGAUCUUAAACCAAGCAACAUUCUCUUGGACAAUGAAAUGAAUCCUAAAAUUUCAGACUUCGGGCUAGCAAAAAUAUUUAGCUCAAAUAACAACGAAGGAAGCACUACAAGGAGAGUGGUUGGUACAUAUGGCUAUAUGGCUCCUGAGUAUGCCUCCGGGGGCCUCUUCUCUAUCAAAUCCGAUGUAUUCAGCUUUGGUGUUCUCAUUCUUGAGAUCAUUAGCGGAAAAAGGAAUUCUGGUAUCCAUGACUGUGGAGAUUUCAUCAAUAUCCUUGGAUAUUGUUCUCAUCCAAGUCCAUAUGGAAAAGCUACAGAUUUCCUCAAACAAGUUGAUGCUCAAACUACGAAGGAGAGAUGGUAUUUAUGCUUGAGGGCCAACACGUAA